AUGGCUGCUCACCACCGCAGCCGGAGCCCGUCGAGUCUUCCGGCAAAUGCGAAAGAAAUGCGUGAGCAGAUUAUCGCUGCCACUCAGCGUUUCUUUGACCUUCAUGGAAUUCGAAUUAAAGUCCGUAGACUGCCAGUGCAGUUGGCCAACGCGUCGAACCGCGGUGUCUCGGUCCCCAGCUCUACAAAGGAAAAGGGCGGAAGCGGGGCCAGAGCUGAAAAGGAGUCUUCUUCACCGGUCUCUUCUCCCUCUAGUCAAUCAUCGUCGUCAAAUGCACCCGUUUCAUUGCCAUUGUACCACUUUAUUACGCGCCAAAAACUGCACAUGGCUGAGCAGCUUUUGCGCAAUCGUUCAAGUUUUAUUACGCCUUUCAACAAGAAAAGCGACCGUCGGCAAAAGGCAUCUCCGUGGGUCAUGCAGGAAAUGACUGACGAGCUGAAGAAGCACUUGGCAGAAAUGAGCUCAGACUUCGACGACAGAGAGUUUUCAGGCGUGUAUCUCUCGCUUCAUACCAAACCGUAUCUGGUAGACUGCGAAUACGGAAACUUAAGUCGCAGCCGUUUUGUGGGAUGGGCGCUGGUAGAACUUUUGACGACAAAUGAGCGUUGUUUAAAGGCAUUAUGGGUCCAUCCUACUCUCAGUGCUUCCAGCACACGUCUUGUGUUGCAGGCAUUCAUCCCACGCAUUCUUGUGGAGGCAGUUGAAUUUGCUACUCCCGGGGUAGCCCCUUUGUGCCCGUGGAAAUUUUUCUACGCGUGGCUGAACGAUUUCGACUUACUUCCACGAGGCACCUGGCUGUUACUUUCAUCUCCGAAGUAUCUCGGGCUUUCAGUCCAUUGUGAUAACUUGAAUCAAGAGAAGGCUGAAGAGGAAGAAGAAGAAGAUGAGGAGGAGGAGGGGAAAAGUAGUAAAAACCGUUCAAAGAGAGGAGGAACCGGCUGCAAGAAGGGUACGCCUUCGAAGGGCACUGGUCGCGCAGCAGCCGAGAGAGGCGCAAACAAAAAGAAAGGAGGCAAAUUUAAACAAGAAGAGAGCAGUGUGAUCCAUGUUGGUCAUACUGAUGCAGACGAAGGUUCUGCAUGCCCUUGUCAGCAUUCGUCUCGGUGGCACGAUGAAUUUGACGAGAAAUUAGUUGGAUGUACAGAGGGGUACAUGUACAGACAUCAUGGACGAAUUAUGAAUUUGAUUCCUACGAACGUGGAUGAUCGUUUGCUGGAUGAUAUGAACGCUCUUCCACAAGAAAAUCCUGACGCACACAAGACCCUCCCUGCAGAAACAGAAGACGAGAUACGUGCGGCUGAAACUUUCAAUUUGGACGACUCCUCAAUAGAGAGACUACUUAUGAAAGUAUGGGGUCAAUGGCGAGCAAAUCGAUUCAAACGUAAAGGUGCCCCUGAUCCUUACGAAGAAGAGAAUAGUCGUCCUGUUAGUCGAAAGCGGUUUCUCUCUGCAUUAGAAAACACUGAGAAGAAGUCGAAUGCAGAAGAACUGCACAUGCUAUCACUAGGCUACGCGGACGACCGUGUACAUGGUUAUAUUUGCGGGAUUCGCAGUCACCCGAAAAAGUCGUCAAUUGAACAGCUGGUCUUCAAGCGCCGGCAGAUCUCCACAUGA